GGGCCGGAAGGCGUUGGGCGCUGCACAACGCGGAAGUGUCGGCGCGGGCCGGGGCGAUGGCGGCGCCCGGCGGGGGCCGGGACGGGGACAGGGAGAGGGGGGAACCGGGACCCGGCAGGGCCAGGGCCGGCCCGGGCACGGCCCGCUGAGGGCUCCCGCUACCGGCCCUCCUAGGGGUCUCCGCCCCGGCCCUCUGAGGGGCGGCCGCCGCGCGUGCCGGGCUGUGCUCGGGCCGCGGGCCCGGCGGGCAGGGGGGCCAUGGCCACCCGGCGUCUCACGGACGCGUUCUUGUUGUUGCGGAACAACGCGGUGCAGAGCCGGCAGCUGCUGGCCGAGCAACUGGCUGAUGAUCGCAUGGCACUGGUGUCGGGAAUCAGUUUAGAUCCCGAAGCAGCAAUUGGGGUCACGAAACGUUUACCUCCCAAAUGGGUCGAUGGGGCUGAUGAGAUUCAGUAUGAUAUUGCCAGGGUUAAACAGAAGAUGAAAGAAUUAGCCAGUCUUCACGAUAAACAUCUAAACAGACCCACGCUGGAUGACAGCAGUGAAGAGGAACGGGCAAUAGAAAUAACAACCCAGGAGAUCACACAGUUAUUCCACAGAUGUCAGAGAGCAGUCCAGGUCUUGCAGAGCAGGUCCCGUAGUUGUACAGAACAAGAAGCACGUGUUCUCAGGAAUGUAGUGUCUUCCUUAGCACAGUCCCUUCAGGACCUGUCCACCAACUUUAGGCAUGCACAGUCUGACUAUCUCAAACGCAUGAAGAAUAGAGAAGAAAGAUCCAAACACUUCUUUGACACCUCAGUCCCACUGAUGGAUGAUGGGGAGGAUGAUACACUUUAUGACAGAGGUUUUACAGAUGACCAGCUGGCGUUGGUGGAGCAGAACACACUAAUGGUGGAAGAGCGGGAACGAGAAAUCCGUCAGAUUGUACAGUCCAUCUCUGAUCUCAAUGAAAUAUUUAGGGACCUGGGAGCAAUGAUAGUAGAACAGGGAACAGUUCUAGAUAGAAUUGACUAUAAUAUUGAACAGUCAUGUAUGAAAACUGAAGAGGGUCUAAAACAACUACAUAAGGCAGAGCAAUAUCAAAAGAAGAACCGGAAGAUGCUCGUUAUUUUAAUUUUGUUUGUUAUAGUAAUUGUCCUCAUUGUUGUUCUUAUUGGUGUAAAGUCACACUAGGUUUCGCUUCAUUUUCUCAUUUUUGGAGUUUCUGUGAACUUUUUUCCCAAUGUGAAUGGAUGGACCUGCACUCCAGAAAGCUGCCUUUGAAUGUACGAGCCCUUGUGGUGCAACGUCUGUGCAAUGUUUCUGUAGAAUUCUUCCAAGUUUGGUGAUCUGUGAGGUGUUUGUAAGGAUUAUGUGGAAAAAUUCAGGAAAUCUGAUGCUCCCCCACAAAAAAAUUGGCAUUCUAUGCUGAGGUAUUUGGAAAACACAGUAUUUAAAAAUUAUUAAAAAUUGACGUUUACCAGUGA